AUGGCGCCAAACAUCGUCGUGUCCCGCCCGACUUUCCCCAUUUACCUCCUGCCGAGCAUAAGCUUCCCCUUCCGCCGGAGGAGGCCAUCCUCAUCCUCGACGACAACCUCGGAGCCGAGCUCGACACCAGACGCAAGCCAAGUCCCCUCGCUCAGCUCCUCGCCAACACAGUCGACGACAGACGAGACGAUAACACCUCCAAACAGUCCCCCGCCGCCGCCGCCGUCGUACCAAGACGCAAUCGUCUCGUCCGGCCCCGUCGUCGCAGACCACCUCCCCCCCGGCAAACGCCAAACCCGCCGCCCGAAACGCCUAACCCGCACCCAGCCCGAUACCCUCCGCUGCUCGACCUGCUCCAGCGACAUCGCCUUCUCCUCUCAGAUCGUGAGCAAGGGCUUCACGGGACGCUACGGCCGCGCAUACCUGGUCGCCCCCACCGUCCCCGCCCCGCCGCGUUCGCCGGGUACCAUCGCGAACAGCGCCGCGGGGCCCGAGAUGCUGGCCAACGUCCGCAUCGGAAAGUGCGAGAACCGCCAGCUCGUGACCGGGUGGCACGUCGUCGCCGACAUCACCUGUCUUCUCUGCAGCGCAAAGCUGGGGUGGAAGUACGUCGACGCCAAGGAGCUCAGUCAGAAAUACAAGGUCGGCAAGUUUAUCCUCGAGGUCGAGCGCGUCGUGCCGUUUCGGUCUUGGGAGGAUGUCUCUGAAGAGGAUGAUGACGACGACAACGACGGCGAGUCGCAAGGGAGCGUGGGCGAAGAUGAGGAUGACGAGAUGGAGGGGAACAGACUUGAUAAUGACGUGAGCGAGCGAAACGGCGACGAAGGCGCCGGGGAGAGUUCCGAAGGUGACGACGAGGUGGAGAUUGUGUUCGAUUCAGAGGACGAGGAUGACUUGGAAGAUAUGUUCUCCGGGACGUGGGACCCGGAGGUUGUGGCCAAGAGGCGGGGCCGUCGAGUCACGGCCGCCCGGAAGAAGUAG